CUGUACAGUUAGGUGUUGAGCGUGUGUGUCUGCUGAUCUGAGCUCUGCAGGCAGCAGGAAACUGCGUCUUCCCUGAAGCAUCUCCAGGGCCUGGAUGACCACUGUCCAUGGCAUUGUAGUCUCUUUCAUCUUCACAGCUGGGGCCAGAGGGAGGAGACGCCAUGAGCCUUACCCUCACAGCCCUGCUCUGCCUUGGGCUGAGUGUGGGCCCGAGGACCCCAGUGCAGGCAGGGACCCUCCCCAAACCCACCAUCUGGGCUGAGCCAGGCUCUGUGAUCCCCUGGGGGAGUCCUGUGACCAUCUGGUGUCAGGGGACCAAGGAGACUCAGGAGUUCCAACUGUAUAAAGAGGGAAGCUCACUGCCCUGGAGCAGACAGAACCCACUGAAGCCUGGGGACAAGGCCACGUUCUUCAUCCCACACAUGACAGAGCAAUAUGCAGGGCGAUAUCGCUGUUACUAUCUCAGCCCCACUGGCUGGUCAGAGCUCAGUGACCCCCUGGAGCUGGUGGUGACAGGAAUCUACAGCAAACCCUCCCUCUCAGCCCUGCCGAGCCCUGUGGUGAAAGCAGGAGGGAACGUCACCCUCCAGUGUGGCUCAUGGCUGAGAUUUGACAGGUUCAUUCUGACUAAGGAAGGAGAACAUCAGCCCUCAUGGACCCUGGACUCACAGCGACACCCCAGUGGGCAGCCCCAGGCCCUGUUCCCUGUGGGCCCCGUGACCUCCAGCCACAGGUGGACGUUCACAUGCUAUGGCUAUGACAGUAUAAACCCUCAGGUGUGGUCACACCCCAGUGACCCCCUGGAGCUCCUGGUCCCAGGUGUGUCUGGGAAGCCCUUCCUCCUGAACCAGCAGGGCUCCAUCGUGGCCUCUGGACAGAGCCUGACCCUCCAGUGUCUCUCUGAUGUCGGCUAUGCCAGAUUCGCUCUGUCCAAGGAGGGGGGACAUGACCUCCCCCAGCGCCUUGGACGGCAGCCCCAGGUUGGACACUCUCAGGCUGAUUUCCCCCUGGGCCCUGUGAAACCCUCUCACGGGGGCCAAUACAGAUGCUACGGUGGACACAACCUCUCUUCUGAGUGGUCAGCACCCAGUGACCCCUUGGAUAUCUUGGUGGCAGGACAGCUCCCUGACACACCCUCCCUCUUGGUGCAGCCAGGCCCCACGGCGGCCUCAGGAGAGAAUGUGACCCUGCUGUGUCAGUCACGGGGGCCAGUGGACACGUUCCUUCUGUUCAAGGAGGGGGCAGCCGAUCCCCCACUGCGUCUGAGAUCAAAGUACCAAGCUCGGCAGUACAAGGCCCAAUUCUACAUGAGUCCUGUGACCCCAGCCCACGGGGGGACCUACAGGUGUUACAGCUCAUACAGCACCACCCCCUACAAGUUGUCAUACCCCAGUGACCCCCUGGAGCUCGUGGUCUCAGGGGGCUCUGAGGACCGACUGCCCCGCACAGAGUCAGGCACCACGAGGGGUGUCCAGUGGUACCUGAAGGCUGUGAUCGGGAUCUCCGUGGCCUUCAUCCUGCUGCUGCUCUCCCUCCUCCUCCUCUUCCUCCUCAUGCGACACCGGCGUCAGGGAACAUGCAGGAUGUCAGCCCAGAGACAGGCUGAUCUCCAAUUUCCUGCAGAGGCUGCAGACCCACAGCCCAAGGACUUACGCCUGAAGAUCAGCUCCAGCCCAGCUGCUGACGCCCAGGAAGAGAACCUCUCAGAUGCUGCCGUGAAGGACACACAGCCUGAGGAGGGCGUGGAGCUGCACCCUCAGGCUACUGCAUCUGAAGACCCCCAGGACGUGACCUAUGCCCAGCUGAACCACUUGACCCUCAGACGGGAGAUGACAUCCGCUUCCUCCCAGUCAGAGGAGCCACCAGCAGAGCCCAGCGUGUACGCUGCUCUGGCCAUCCACUAGCCCAGGAAGGACCCGGACCCCACCCUCCAGGGAGGGAGACUGCAGGGACCCCAGAAGGCACAGGAGCUGCCCCCAGGGGACACUCAGCUAAUGACUUCCAGCCAGCCUGGAAUCCUAACGUGGACCACCAGGAGCUUCUGGGACUCAUUGGGAGUCACCUGAUUCUGCAAUCAAAGAUAACUGAUAUCCCCACAUUUUGGACAUAAAGCAACAGACUUCUCAGUAAUGCAUGAGUGAAAUGAGAAAUCCAAAACAGAAGGGAGAGAAUGUUUUAAAUUGAAUGAUAAUGUAAACAUUACACAUCAAACCUAUGAAAUAGGAAAAUUAAGAACCAUGAGUGAAUAUAUCAGAAAAGAAAAGCCUAAAAGAUCAAUGACCUAAGCUAUUAAAUCAAGAAUUUGGAAAAAUAAUAGAAAAUUAUCCCAGAUUAAGGUAGAAGGAGGGAAAUGAUGAUGAAAGUAGCUACUAAUGAGGACAAAUAAAAACUAGAGCCAAAAAGUUUCAUUCUCGAAAACAUCAAUCACACUUACAAAUCCCAGCCACAAUGCUCAAGGAAAAAAGAGAGAAAGCACAUAUUACAUCAUCAGGACAGCAUCACAGAUCCCACAGACUUUAAAUACACAACAGAUCAUUAUGAUCAAUUUUAUGCCACUACAUUAGAAAAUGUAGACGAAAUGGACAAAAUCCUCAAAAACACAAUAUACCAAAAUGAUGGAUAAAAAUAAAUAGAAAAUCUGAAUUGACAUAUAUAUUGAAUAUGUUGAACAUGUAAAUAAAAUUUUCCCAA